CUCGUAGCCUCCAUCACCUUCGUUCUGGUUCGUCUUGUGCCGCGGCAAGCGGGCACCAGCGGUGUGCAGCCGGGGCGACCCGCCUCGGAGCUGUGCCACGGUUCGGACAUGGUGACCGGCGUCCUGCUGAGGUCAGUGCGAGCGGUAAUCGAUCUUCGUAUCGAUCCUAUUCCUGGCUCGCACCUUGUAGUUGGGGGCGUGUGCGUGCGCAAUCAACUUCUAGUACCUCCUGUUUGAUGCGGCCCAUGAUGAUGCUCAAGGCAUCAACUACCACAAUAGCAACCUUUCGCAAACCUCCCGAAAGACACUUCUCCUACCUGUCCCUGGGCCGCUAUGAUCCGAAAACCAACGAGACUGGGCUGGCGGGCCUGCAGCACCUGGACAGUAUGCUAAAACUCGUGAUCGAGAAGAAACCGCUGGAACAGCGGAAUAUGCAGGACGUGCUCAGCCGCGUGGAGGCGUUCACCACGCUCGGAAAGCACUACCACUCCGGCGGCCACCCCGCCCGCGCGGCCGGGUACUUCCAAAAAGCGCUCGAGGAGUGUAAAUUCCUCGCGGAAACCCGGGCGCAGUACCUCCAGGACUUGUACGCGACGGGCGACAGCAGGAAGCAAAUGGUGCCGGUGGGGAGCACUUCGCUGGUGGCAAGAGCGGUCCGCGCGGUGAGGAAAAUAAGGCGGGAAGGGGUUGUGCGGUUUUUGCUCGGGACGGUUCAAAAUGAAAAACAUGCAGAGCCGGAUCGGAUCGUGGCAAAGUCAAGAUUUCUGCAGGAGAGUAGAAUUGCUUCUGCAGGAGCUGUCGCCGCUCGCAGUGCUCGGGGGAAGACCGAGAACAAUGCGAAGCAGCAACUCCUGACGUCUGGGUCCUCGGUUGCUAGAAGCUCUGAGUCUGGUAGCCCAACCGCAAGCGGUGUGAUACGACCGUCUGACGAGAAUGGUGGUGCUGGUGCAUCACUAGAUGAAGAUGCUGCAACCGUAAGAACCGAAGAGGCUGUCGCUGGAGUCGCCAGCAGCGCAGCAGCUACAACGCCAACAAUGCGUGACGAUGUACAUCAAGGACAAGGUCGUCCCGCCAUCGACGACGAACAGCAGGCACCUUACACGGAGCAGAAGAUGCUACAAGUGGUGGAAAAGUUGACCGGCGAGAAACCUUCCUCCGAGGACCGCAAGUCAUCAACGACAGAGCGCAAACCGGAGCAGAUGCGGGACGCCCUGUUGAACUGGCUCGAGGAUCUCCCCAUCGACAGCAUGCUGGCGGAGUGCCAAGGCUACGUCGGGCUUUGCCUCAUGACGGACAAACAGCAGCACGACGAGGCAGAGUACCAGCUGCGGGCGGCUCUAGACUCCCUCCACAAAGCGCAGCGGUGGCAGCAGCUGCGGCAAACGACGACCGCGGUACAAGCAUUCAACGAAAAUGUCACGGUGAUGAACACCAACGACCUGACUUCCCAGUUCGCGGAGGCGUACAAUAACCUCGGCGCGUGCUUGCAACAACGGGAGCAGUACCAAAAAGCGGUGGAUUAUUACACGAUUGCAUUGGAGAAGCUGAUCGAAUACUACCAGGGGGACGAGAACAACCGGUUUGUGUGUCUCACCUACUACAACCUCGCUUGCUGCAAGUGGUACCUGAACGGGGGCGGGCGAGAGGAGAUCCAGAAAGCGUGCGACUUGUCCAAGCGCAUGUUCGAAAUCGGGGAUCCGCAAAGGACCGCAAUCGACAGUGUCGCUUCGUUGCUCCACCCGUCGCUGACAACCACGCAGGAGUUGCGGCAGCAGUUUCAAGACCCGGCGGAAGUGUCUGCGAAGGAACGGGCGGAGCGGAUGGGGGCGUUGGAAGAGCUGAUGAAUGCGAAUGCGGAAAGAGUGGAAGCGCAAAAUUACGGAUCAGUUUUUCCAUCAAAUUCUGCUUCUGCAGAAACUGCAAAAACUCAUUUGCCGACGGAGAAAGCGGGGCGCCAGGUCGCAGAGGAUGAAAAUUCGUCAUCGUCCACGCCCUCUAGAACCGAUGAAAACGGUCCGCGCGAAAUUCUUGCACAAACAUCAACUAGUUCAGCUAGCGGUUCUACUGCAGCCGCAUGA